GGGAGGGGACUGGCACUCAGCAACAGCUGAAAGAAAGUGAAACUAAAAGGAGAGAGAGAGAAACACAUGCUUAAACUUUCUUUUGCCGACCUGAAAGCUUUUAUAAAACUUCCUAACAACAGGUAAGGUGAAGUUUGAACUGAAUAAAUGUGAUGUCUUGUUUUUAAUGACAGUUUUAUGUUGUUUAAACAAAGACAGUCACAAGUGUUGACAGACUUUGUUUCGUGUCUUUUUGGUGUUUUCCAGACAUGGCCUGUUCAAGUAGUCUGGUAUGGGUGGACAAUUUCUCUUGUGCGAUCUGUCUGGAUGUCUUCAAUGCACCCGUAGCCAUCCCCUGUGGUCACACCUUCUGUCGUACCUGUAUCACAGGCCACUGGGAAGAGAAAAAACCUUUAUUUGACUGUCCACUGUGCAAAAAGGAGUACGUAAAGAUACCAGAACUCUGUGUGAACACGGUCCUCUCCAGUGCGGCUGAGAAGGUGAAGAAGACUGUUGAAGAAAAACAUCCCGACACUCCUGAACAAGCAGGAAGUGGACAUGUGCUGUGUGAUAUGUGUGCAGAGAGGAAGCAGUUAGCCGUCAAGUCCUGUUUAACGUGUUUCAUGUCGUUCUGCGAUGCACAUCUGGAGCGUCACCGGACGGUUCCAAUCUUAAAGAAACACAAGCUGAUUCAUCCAGUCAAAGACCUGGAGAGCAGGCUGUGCAAGCAGCAUGGUGAGCCUCUGGAGCUGUUCUGCAGGGUGGAUAUGGUGUUUCUAUGCCAGGCCUGUGUGGACAGUGACCACAGAAAACACAAGACGGCAACUGUGGAGGAGGAGGCCAACAGGAGGAAGGCCCUGCUGGGACUAGAAAAGAACGGAAUAAAUCAGAUGGUCCAGACCCACCAGAAGAAACUUCAAGAGAUCCAACUCUCAAUGGAAGAUGGAAGAAACAAUGCAGGGAAGGCGCUCACAUCGAGCCAGAAAGUGAUGAGUGAGCUGGUGGAAUUAAUAAAGAGAAGCCAAGCUGAGCUGAGAGAAGUCAUUCAAACAAAACUGAGAAAGAUGGAGAAAGAGGGUGAAGGCUUCAUUCAAGAACUGGAGGAAGAGAUGGUGCAAAUAAAAGGAAAAACCCCAAUACUUGAUGAGGUCUGUAGCAUCGACGAUCCCUUUCUGUUCCUAGAGAGAGUCCUGUCCCUCACCAUCACUCCUCCACAGGUGAAGGACUGGUCUGAGGUGACUCUGAACAACGACCAGUUUUCUGUGCAGGAAACCCUGAUCAAACUUGAGACGACUGUGACAAGAGAGAUCAGGCUGCUGUGUGACCCGGACUUGAAGAAAAUGCAGCGUCAUGCUGUGGAUCUGACUCUGGAUCCUGACACAGCAAAUCCUUCCCUCAUCAUUUCUGAGGACGGGAAAGAAGUCAAAUGUGGAGACAGGAAGAGGAACGUCCCAGACAGACUGGAGAGGUUCGACAAUGUCCCCAAUGUCCUCGCCAAAGAGAGUUUCAACUCUGGGAAGUUCUACUUUGAAGUACGGGUCCAAGGGAAAACUCAGUGGGAUCUGGGUGUGGCAAAUGAGUCCAUCAACAGGAAGGGUGAUCUCAGACUGAGUCCCAAGAGUGGAUACUGGACCAUCUGGCUGAGAAAAGGGAACGAGAUCACAGCCAAUGCCGGCCCUGCCAUCAACCUCCACGUGAAAGAGGUUCCUCAAAAGGUCGGUGUCUUUGUUGAUUAUGCAGAGGGUCAAGUUUCCUUCUACGACGUUGAUGCCAGGGCUCAUAUCUUCUCCUUCACUGGAUGCACCUUCACUGAGAGGCUCUUUCCAUUCUUCAGCCCCUGUGCUAAUGACAGCGGCAGAAAUUUAGCCCCACUGACCAUCACUCCUCUCCAUUAGAGCAGAUGAGGGGUUCGGUUUGUUGCUUUAGAGGGACGCAUAGUGAGAAGAAGAAUAUUUGAGCGUCAUCUCAUCCAUCAUUGUUGGCGUGGUAACACAGAGUCAAUGGUCAGAGCUUCAGAUCUGCAGACGUAACCUUGUAGUCAUGAAGAUGUUCACCAUUUUUGUGGUGGGGAUUAAUUUUGAUAUUUGAAAUCUGCUCUUCCUCAUGCCAAGAUAUCAACACUGAAGACGGUGCAGGAGCCAAAAUAUAUUUGUUGAAAGUAUGUUUUCUAAUAGGUGUGCCACUUCUGAGGAUCGUCACUGAGGGGUGUGGUUUUACGAUGUUUAACAGGUUAUUUAAAUCUCACCUGUGUAGUCAGACAAUGGGUUGUGGUAAGCUCUGAGAAUUUCCUGUUGACGUUUCACUCAUCCUGUUUUAACCUCAUUUCAUCGUAUCACUUUUUCAGUUGAAGGCAGAAGUUUUGGACGUGGAUCAGAGUGUUUUCUUUUCCUUUUUGGAACAACAAACCACUUUUUAACACUCAGAUAUCUGAAAAUAUUUCUGUUUUAAAAGGCCUUAUUUUUGCGGCUAAAUGCUUCUUAUUCUGACGUGAUGGAUGGUGUUGCUGAUACAGCAGCUUGAAAUAAUUAUCUUUAUAUUAGAAAAACAUCUGUACUUUUAAAAUAACAUGGGUUAAACCUCAAAAGACAAUAUUUCAAAAUGAUCCGACUUCACAAUCUGUCAUAAAAAUGUAAUCAGCACUCUUGUAUGAUGACUCCGUAGCAGACAGAAAUGAUUCAGCAAACUGAGGGGCUCAUUUUUCUUAGUUCUUUUAACUUGAAUAUAAAUUAGAAUUACUUUCCACAUAAAUUAAUGUCAGAAUUACUUUCUACAAAAUUUAAUUGCGCCUGCUGUUCAGUUAAAGAAGUUGUUAUUGAAAGGAUCAGUCACAGUCCCGGAGCGUGUCUGAGACGAAAUGUGCUCUAAUUAAAAUUACCCAAACCUGUGAGGUGCCGGCUUUUCCUUGUUCAAACACAGAAAAUAUGUUUGAUUAUUAAAGAAUUGAGUAGUUUAUUUUAAGAGAAGAUCAAAUCCUUAUUCUUACCCUUUUGCUUUUGACAUUUGUGCACAUAUUUAGGUCAGUGUGACAUUCAUUAACAGUUAGGACAUAGGGUCAGAGGGUGAAUCUGUCCCAGUUUUGUUUUACUCUUCUUUUUGGGUGAUUUUGAUUUAUUUGUCCCUGAUAUGAAAAGAAUAUUUUCAGUACAGAUGUGUCAUAAAGAAACUACCGCUGAGAGACAUCUGUUGAGCUUUUGGCUUGAAAUCAUGUACUGUAUGUACUCCUAGUUUUUAACAAUCAACUUUCAUUUUUGCUAAUCAUGAAAAAACAAGUUAUAUUUGAAGAUUUUUAAAAGGGGAUUUAGAAAAUGUUUAAAAGCUGUGAUUUUACUUUCACUUAGAGAAAAAUGUUAAAACAUUUUUGUUGUGGCCAUUAAAAUGCAGUCAUGAUUUACUCUGUACUGUAUUCUGUUGCAAAACAUAUGAUGUCUUAUUUUAUUAGAAAUGUUUGGAGUGUGCAAAAACAAUAAAGGUCACUAACAAAGUUGCAAA